AUGAACGUUCUCAUCUUUGGGGAUCAGACUGCCGACCAGUACCCUCUCCUGCGGAAGGCUAGCAUCCGCAAGAACAACGCGCUCCUUUCCACAUUCUUGGAACAAGUCAGCGUUGCUCUUCGAGAGGAAGUGCAGAAGCUGCCACGGACGCAGCGUGAGCUGAUCCCAGACUUUCUUAGGGUCACGGAUCUCGUGGAGGCAUAUUAUGCGAGGGGCUUGAAGAUCCCGCAGCUGGAGAGUUGCAUGGUCACGAUAUCACAGUUGUCACAUUACAUUGGUUACUAUGGUGAGAACCCGACGGAGUUCCCCAACCCGGCGAAUACGAGACUGCUCGGCCUAUGCACGGGUUUGCUUGCCGCGUCUGUGGUUGCAUCCUCAAGAACGCUUGGUGACUUGCUGCCACUGGCAAUUGAAGCAAUUCGGGUAGCGUUUAGAGCUGGUACCUGUGUCGGAACCGCCAAGGAUUCUCUCGAGCAGCGCGCAAACGAAAAAGAGAGCUGGUCGACCAUCGUCACCGGUAUCUCUGAGAACGUUGCAAAGAGUGCUAUCAGUGAAUUCCACGAUAAUCGAAGAAUAUCGGUUUCUGCCCAGGCCUACGUCAGUGCUGUUAGCGUGAUGGCCAUUACCAUCAGCGGUCCCCCGUCAACCACGAAGCGACUCUUCGACGAAAGCGAGGUUUUCAACAAGAAUACCAGAGUUCCCAUUCCCGUCUAUGCGCCAUAUCACGCUCCCCAUCUCUACGGUCAGAUUGAAAUUGACAGGAUAUUGAGCAGUGAAACUAGCGAGUUACUCAAGGCGUACCGACCUCUCUCUUUGGUCCACUCAGCAUCGACAGGUAAAUGUCACACAGCCACGACCACAUUCGAGCUUUUCCAGCUUGCUCUGAGCGAAAUCCUUCUGGAGCCAGUGCGAUGGGACAAUCUCCUCGAAGAGGUCGUUUCCCAGGUGACGGCUGUCAGCAGUGCCGAGUGCUCCAUUUCCGCUAUCGGUGUCACCAAUGUCGCAAACAGCCUUGCGUCUGCCCUGAAAGCCGGUGGCCAGUCUUCCGUUUCUGUCCGCGAUCACACCUUGUGGGGUACGAAAGCUGAGGAAUCACAAGGACGAACUCAAAACGACAAGAUCGCUAUUGUCGGUAUGGCUGGGCGUUUCCCUAGUGCUGCUAGCCACGAAGAGCUCUGGGAGCUCCUCGAGAAGGGCCUCGAUGUCCACAGAGAGAUUCCCUCCGACCGAUUCGAUGCCCAGGCUCAUUGCGAUCCCUCUGGCAAGGGAAAGAAUAAGAGCCACACGCCUUAUGGAUGUUUCAUCGAUCAGCCCGGCCUAUUCGAUCCUCGCUUCUUCAACAUGUCUCCUCGCGAAGCCGCCCAGACCGAUCCCAUGGGCCGCUUGGCGCUUGUCACUGCCUACGAAGCCUUGGAAAUGUCUGGCUACGUCCCGAAUCGCACGCCCUCGACCAAGCUCCACCGAAUCGGUACCUUCUACGGCCAGACAUCCGACGACUGGCGUGAGAUUAAUGCCGCCGAAAACGUUGACACUUAUUUCAUCACUGGUGGUGUCCGCGCCUUUGCUCCGGGAAGAAUUAACUAUUACUUUAAAUUCUCCGGUCCGUCGUACAGCAUUGACACAGCAUGCUCGUCUUCGCUCGCUGCCAUUCAAUUGGCCUGUACUUCUUUGUGGGCCGGGGACUGCGAUACUGCUUGCGCUGGUGGUCUUAACGUACUGACCAACCCGGAUAUUUUCUCUGGGCUUUCGAAGGGUCAGUUCCUGUCGAAGACUGGAAGCUGUAAGACCUACGACAACGACGCCGAUGGCUACUGUCGUGGCGAUGGUUGCGGCACUGUUAUUCUCAAGCGAUAUGAGGAUGCCAUUGCAGAUAAGGACAUCAUUCUUGGCUGCAUCCUUGGCGCAGCGACCAACCACAGUGCGGAAGCCGUUUCAAUCACCCAUCCCCAUGCUGGAGCGCAGGAAUUCCUUUACAAGAAAGUCCUCGCUAAUGCCGGUGUUGACGCCCACGAGAUCAGCUAUGUCGAGAUGCACGGUACUGGUACCCAAGCUGGUGAUGGUAUUGAGAUGACCUCAGUCACAAACACCUUUGCUCCUCGCCACAGGCAACGCCGCCCCGAGGAAACGCUUCAUCUAGGAGCUAUUAAGGCUAAUAUUGGCCAUGGAGAGGCUGCCUCUGGUAUCAACUCUCUUAUCAAGACUAUGAUGAUGAUGCAGAAGAAUGCCAUCCCCGCCAACGUCGGUAUCAAGGGUGUGAUGAACAAGACCUUCCCCAAGGACUUGAAGCAGCGAAAUGUUCACAUCGAGACGACGCAGGUUCCUUGGCCACGAAAGGGUGCUGAGAAGCGCAAGAUCUUCUUGAACAACUUCUCUGCUGCAGGUGGCAACACUGCCAUCGUUAUGGAGGACGGUCCUCUCCGGGAGGUUCCCGCUGCCGUCGACCCGAGAACUAUGCAAACUGUCACUGUUACCGCUCGGUCCAUCGCUUCGCUAAAGAGGAACAUCACAAACCUCAUCCAGUACCUGGACAACCACCCGGAGACUACUCUCUCGAGCCUGGCGUACACCACCACCGCGCGCCGCAUUCAGCACAAUUACCGGGUCGCAAUCUGUGUGUCUGAUAUCUCCAAAGUGAAGGAUGGGCUUCAAGCGCAGCUUAGAGACAGCUACAGCCCCAUUGCGAUGGUCCCAACCAAGACCGCUUUUACUUUCACUGGACAAGGCUCUCAGUACACAGGCCUUGGCAAAAAGUUGUAUGAGGAGAUGGAAACGUUCAAGGCCGACAUUGAGCAGCUCGACAACCUCGCCCGCCUCCACAAGCUCCCGUCCAUCAUUCCGCUUUUGGAUGGCACUGAUGUUGCAACUCUCUCCCCUGUGGUCGUCCAGCUUGGUAUGGCUUGCGUCCAAGUUGCCCUUGCACGUAUGUGGGCCUCUUGGGGUGUUAAACCCACUGCUGUCAUUGGUCACAGCUUGGGCGAGUAUGCCGCUCUCCACGUUGCGGGUGUUCUCUCUGCCAGUGACAUGGUCAUGCUCGUGGGACGCCGUGCUCAGAUCCUCGAGCAGGAAUGCACUGCCAACACCCACGGCAUGCUCGCUGUCAAGGCCAGCGCUGAGGCUAUCCGACAUGCACUUGGUGACAAGAUGACCGAGAUAGCCUGCAUGAACGGACCUCAAGAGACCGUCCUUUGCGGCACCGUUGGCGUUGUUGAGUCUACUAGCGAAUUGCUUUCUUUCAAGGGAUUCAAGGCAACCAAGUUGAACGUUCCGUUCGCUUUCCACUCCGCUCAGGUUGAGCCAAUCCUCGAGAAAUUCAAGGCUGCCGCCGCCUCUGCUGUAUUCAACAAGCCUGAGGUUCCCGUUUUGUCCCCUCUGACUGGUGAAGUCAUCCGUGAGGGAGGGAUCAUCGGGCCUGAUUACCUUGCUCGUCAUGCUCGCGAGACCGUGAAUUUUUGGAGCGCUCUUGCUACAGGCAAGGACGACAAGGUUUUCGAUGAGAAGACUGCUUGGGUUGAGGUUGGCGCCCACCCCGUCUGUAGCGGAAUGGUUAAGUCGUCGCUUGGUGGUACCCCUUGCACUGCUGGAUCUCUCCGCCGCAACGAAGAUCCCUGGAAGACUCUGGCUACUAGCAUUGCUACCCUUUACUUGACCGGUGUUGCCUUUGACUUCAACGAGUACCACAGGCAGUUCAAUGACGCUCAGGAGAUGCUAACUCUCCCGACAUACUCAUUCGAUGACAAGAAGUAUUGGCUCGACUACCACAACAACUGGACUCUCACCAAGGGUGAAGCCCGAGUUGCUGCGGAGCCGAAGGCUAUCGAGGCCCCUAUUGAUGUCCCCUCUAAGCUUUCUACUACUUCUUGCCAGAGGAUCGUUCGAGAGGAGCUCCACGCCAAUUCUGGCACUGUUGUCGUGCAGUCAGACUUGUCUGAUCCCAAACUUAGGGCGACGAUUAGUGGCCACCAGGUCAAUGGCACUCCGCUAUGCCCAUCUUCGCUAUACGCGGACCAGGCCAUGACCAUCGCUGACUAUCUCUACAAACAGCUUCGGCCCAACCUUCCCACACCGGGUCUGAAUGUCUGCGCCAUGGAGGUGCCCAAGACUCUAAUCCCACAGUUUCCUCCUCCCGCUGGGGGCCAGCAUAUUCAGAUUGAAGCCAAUGCCGACCUUGAGAUCAACCAAGUCGAACUGAAGUUCCGGACUGUCACCGCUGAUGGGAAAAAGAUUCUUGCAGAGCAUGCAUUUGGCACUGUCAAGUAUGAGGAUAUUGACACCUGGAGAGAGGAAUGGGCCCGCACUCAAUUCAUGGUCCAGACACAGAUCGACAUUCUGAAGCAGAAGCUCGAGACUGGAGGCGCUCACAAGGUUCUCCGCGGUAUGGCCUACAAGCUCUUCAAGGCUCUCGUCACCUACGCCGACAACUACAAGGGUAUGGAGGAGGUUAUUUUGGACGGCAAGCAGACCGAAGCCACCGCCUCCGUUCGAUUCCAGACGACUCCUGCGGAUGGCGACUUCUUUGCCUCCCCUUAUUGGAUCGAUUCCUUGUGUCAUCUUUCCGGGUUCAUCGUCAAUGCUUCGGAUCAUCUUGACUCUGAUAACUCGGUGUACAUUUCCCACGGAUGGGGCUCAAUCAAGAUCUCUAGACAACUUUCUGCUGAAAAGAAGUAUCGCUCCUACGUGAGGAUGCAGCCUGCUCCAGGCAACAUCUCCGUCGGCGAUGUGUACAUUCUUGAGGGUGAGGAAGUCAUUGGCUUGGUCACUGGGCUGAAGUUCCAGAACAUCCCGCGUCGAGCUCUCAACAUCAUGAUGCCUCCGGCCGGCAAGGCUCCUGCCAGAGGUGCCGCUUCCGCACCUGCACUCAAGACUACCCCUGUCAGGGUUGCACCAGCUAAGCAGAAGCCUGCUGCUAAGCCUGUCAAGCCUGUCAAAGCAUCCCCUCGAGCACCAAAGCAGUCUGGCAACACCAUCACCUCCCGCGUCAUGAAGAUCAUCGCCGAGGAAACGGAUGUUGACAUGUCCGAGCUUGUAGACGAAGCUGCGUUUGAGAACCUCGGUGUUGACUCUCUCAUGUCUCUCACCAUCUCUGCUAAGUUCCGCGAAGACCUUGACUUGGAGAUUAGCUCCACUCUCUUCACCGAUUACCCUACCGUCGGUGAGAUGAAGAAGUUCUUCUCUCAGUAUGAUGGUGGAGCUCCCCUUGUCGAGGAUGACAACGAGUCCGACACUACAGAGGAGGCCGAUCUCUCCACUCCAUACGAGGCAGGUUCCGCUAGCACCCCUCCCAGCUCUGCUCCCAGCGUGUCUGGCAAGGAUUCUUCUAUCGACACAAAAGUCUCUGGAUCCUCCGCCGCCAAUGGUGAGGCAAGCCUUGCUAAGAAGAUUGUUGCCGAGGAAAUGGGUGUCGACGUCUCUGAGAUCACCGACAAGCUUGACCUCUCCGAGAUGGGAAUGGAUUCCCUAAUGAGCUUGACCAUUCUGGGGGCCCUUCGUGAGCAGACUGGUAUUGAUCUCCCCUCGACAUUCCUCGUCACCAACGUCACCAUUGAGGACAUCGAGAAUGAGCUCGGCAUGCGCCCCAAGCCAAAGGCCGCCGCUCCAGCUACAGUCGCUACCAAGACUCCCCCAAAGCCACCCCAACUUUCCGAAGUGAACAAGAGGCUUGAAAAGGUUUUGGAUAUUUCGAAGUUCCCUCCUUCCACUUCAGUCCUUCUUCAAGGCAACCCCAAGAUCGCCACGAAGAAAUUCUUUCUCAUCCCUGACGGGUCUGGAAGCGCGACAUCCUACAUCUCCAUCCCCAACAUCUCUCCAGACAUGGCUGUGUACGGACUCAACUGUCCAUUCAUGAAGCAGCCAGAGAAGUGGACCUGCGGUGUUGAGGGUGUCUCUGCUCUCUACCUCCAAGAGAUCAAGCGCAGACAGCCAGAGGGCCCUUACCUCAUCGGCGGGUGGUCUGCUGGAGGUGUUAUGGCUUACGAAGUCACCCAGCAACUUGUCAACAAUGGUGACGAGGUUGAGAGCCUUGUGUUGAUUGAUGCUCCAUGCCCCGUUGCGCUUGACCCUCUCCCAGCCCGCCUCCACAUCUUUUUCGAUCAGAUCGGGCUUCUCGGCACUGGUAAGCCGGGCGGUACUCCGGGCUGGCUCCUUCCUCACUUUGCCUCUGCCAUCAAGAACCUGAAGGAUUACGACCCGGUCCCCAUGGACAAGACCAGGGCACCACCUGUCCUUGCCAUCUGGUGCACUGACGGUGUCUGCCCCAACCCUGACGACCCUCGUCCUCCACCAGGUGAGGGAGAGGAUCCAGCCCCCAUGAAGUGGCUUUUGAACAACCGUACUGUCUUUGAUGACAAUGGUUGGGCACAGUUGCUCCCGAAGGAAAACUUCGAAUACGCCGUCAUGGGUGGCAACCACUUCACGAUGAUGAAGGGUGAACAUGGUGCCACUCUCGGCAAGCUCAUCCAGAAGGGGCUCAAGCUUUGA